AUGGGAAUGAUAGUAACAUCAACUAUAACAAUGCAACUAAGAAUAAGAGAAAACCACCGCCCUCGCCCACGCCCAAAGCCUAACGAGCCUCGUUCCUCCACAGGGCCAGAGGAAGGGCGCUUCUUCCGGUCGCUGUUCUCGCUGCCGGACCAGUGCGUGCACAAUGGGAUCCCGGCGACGUGCACCUUCGUCCUCUCCUGCCUUCUGCGCGGAGACACCCCUGUUAACAAGUGUGGCGGUGGUUUCAUCUACACCUGCUGCGUCCCCACCGUGGCAACAGUCAGGUCGGACGCUGUGAGGCACAUCGGCCUCUUCAACAGGGACCCUUCGGUGAUCAAUAGUCCAGUUGGUUGGCAUCGAUUCCAUCUCCGUCGGCAGAAACCAUAUAUACCCCCACGAUCUUGGGGUCUUAACCGCCUUCCAGUUCGUGUGGGUCCAGGCUUAAGCUCGCCCAGACAUCAGUUCCAGGUGGCGCCUGUUGAGUCCAGACUUCAGCCUUCUGCUAGUUUUAAUGAACCAGAGUGUGGAAUUCAGAGAGUAUCUCAGUUUGCAAAACGAAUUAUCGGAGGAAACGAAGCCAGGUUUGGCGAGUUUCCUUGGCAGGCGCACAUACGCAUCAUUGGCUACCAGUGCGGCGGAGUUCUUAUUAAUCAUUUUUUCGUUGCAACAGCAGCACAUUGUGUUCAUAAGUCUGACACCUCCAUCUACAUCACCAAGCUGAUACCAGGAGGUGCAGCGGCAACUGAUGGUCGGCUGCAAAUCACAGAUGUCAUUGUUUCUGUUAAUGAUGUCCGAGUUGUAAAUGUUCCCCACAUAACAGCAGUCGAAGCCCUUAAACGCGCUGGCAAUACUGUUCGCUUGUGUGUGAAGCGACGUAAGCGUCCCCCUAAUGUGCAGCUGAUUGAAGUGGAGCUUAUCAAAGGCAACAAAGGCUUAGGCUUCAGUAUUGCUGGUGGUAUAGGGAACCAACACAUUCCUGGAGACAAUGGCAUCUACAUCACUAAAAUUAUGGAAGGUGGUGCAGCCCACGUGGAUGGCCGAGUGUGUGUGGGAGACAAAUUGGUUGCUGUCAGAGAUACUCCUUCUGGUGAUGUAAACCUUGAAAAUGUAACCCAUGAGGAUGCAGUUGCUUGUCUCAAAUCAACAAAUGACCGAGUUGUACUUGUGCUGGGUAAGGUGGUUCCCCCCCAGACCAAUGCCACGGACCUUGCCCCUCCCCCCCUUCAGCCUUCCCAGACCCACCAUCACCAGGAUCACACACCUCCUCCCCGUGAGUGAUUAACACUUUUCAAAUUUUCUAACAAGAUUCCUAGUAAUGAUGCUCAAACAUUUGGUGAUCAUAUGUCAAAGCUUGUUUGU